AGUACGCCGGUCGGAAGCGCAGCUGGGACUGACACGUGGACUUGGGCGGCGCUGCCCGGUGGGUCGGCUGGGCGGGAACGGACCCGGACACCCUGUGCCCACGCCGUCCGCGCCCGAUGCAGCCGCUCCCGGAUGAGGCCCGCAGGGAAGCGGCCGAGGACGCCCAGUGGUCCAGACCCGAGUGCCAGGUGUGGACAGGGACGCUGCUUCUGGGGACAUGCCUGCUAUACUGCGCCCGCGUCAGCAUGCCCGUCUGUGCCGCCGCCAUGAGCCAGGACUUCGGCUGGAAUAAGAAGGAGGCCGGUGUUGUGCUCAGCAGUUUCUUCUGGGGCUACUGCCUGACUCAGGUGGUGGGCGGCCACCUGGGGGACCGGAUCGGGGGUGAGAAGGUCAUCCUGCUGUCGGCUUCCGCCUGGGGCUUCAUCACCGCCGCCACGCCACUGCUCUCCCGCCUCAGCAGCGCCCACCUGGCCUUCAUGACCUUCUCUCGCAUCCUCACGGGCUUGCUCCAAGGGGUUUACUUCCCUGCGCUGACCAGCCUGCUGUCCCAGAAGGUGCGGGAGAGUGAGCGAGCCUUCACCUACAGCACCGUGGGGGCCGGCUCCCAGUUUGGGACACUGGUGACGGGGGCCGUAGGCUCCCUGCUCCUGGACUGGUACGGCUGGCCGAGCGUCUUCUAUUUCUCGGGUGGGCUCACCCUGCUGUGGGUGUGUUACGUGUACAGGUGUCUGCUGGGUGAGAAAGAUCUCAUCCUGGCCUUGGGCGUCCUGGCGCAGGGCCUGCCGGUGUCCAGACACACCAAGGUGCCCUGGAGACAGCUCUUCCGAAAGCCUUCUGUCUGGGCGGCCAUCAUCUCCCAGCUCUCAGCGGCCUGCUCCUUCUUCAUCCUCCUCUCCUGGCUGCCGACCUUCUUUAAGGAGACUUUCCCCAGCUCCAAGGGCUGGGUCUUCAACGUGGUGCCCUGGCUAGUGGCCAUUCCUGCCAGUCUGUUCAGCGGGCUUCUCUCAGACCGUCUCAUCAAUCAGGGUUACAGGACCAUCACUGUGCGGAAGUUCAUGCAGGCGAUGGGCCUCGGCCUGUCCAGCGUUUUUGCCCUGUGUUUGGGCCACACCUCGAGCUUUUGUAAGUCUGUGGUCUUUGCAUCAGCCUCCAUCGGCCUCCAGACCUUCAACCACAGCGGCAUUUCCGUUAAUAUCCAGGACCUGGCCCCGUCCUGUGCCGGCUUUCUGUUUGGUGUGGCCAACACAGCUGGGGCUUUGGCAGGGUGCAGGAGUCGUGGGCGUGUGCCUGGGUGGCUACCUCAUCGAGACCACGGGCUCCUGGACGUCCGUGUUCGACCUGGUGGCGGCAGUCAGCAGCCUCGGGCUAUGCACCUUCCUGGUGUUCGGGAAGGCCCAGCGGGUGGACCUGAGCCCCGCCCAUGAGGACCUCUAGCCGACCGACCCCCUGUCCCCGAGGACCCAGCGCCGUCAGCCUCGGGGACAGCGUUCAGCUUAGAGGCCCCUUGCUCCUGGCCCGCAGGGUGAGCAGAGGCGGGGGAGCCUCAGCCCCGCAGGAGAGUGCGGUCCGGUUCCCCCGCCCUUGGGGGUAGCAGCCUCCUUCCGGGCUGGUGGGACCUCACGGUGGGUG